AUGACCGUGUCCCACGAGAGGAGUGUACGUCUGGGGCUCUGGGUGCUCCUCUUGCUGGGAGCAGGCACGGUUGUGGACGCAUGCAGCUGCCACCCAGCUCACCCACAGCAACUCUUCUGCAGUGCCGAGACGGUCAUCAGGGCGAAGAUUGCCGGGGAGAAGAUUGUGUCGCCUAGCAACAGCUCCUCCCCCUACAUGAAGAUGAUCCAGUAUGAAAUAAAGAUGAUCAAGAUGUUCAAAGGGUUCGACAAGGCAAGGGACAUUCAGUAUGUGUACACCCCAGUCUUCUCUUCCCUGUGUGGAGUUAAGUUAGACUCCAACAACAAAGCGGGAUAUCUGCUCUCAGGAAGUAUGUGGAGCGACGGGAGGCUUUCGAUCGGCCAGUGUGACCUGGUGGAGUCCUGGGACAAUUUAUCACUCUCACAAAGGAAGAAUCUCAACUACAGAUACCAGAUGGGCUGCGAAUGCAGAAUCAAUGUGUGCUACACAGUGCCGUGCGCAUCCACGGGAGAAAACGAAUGCUUGUGGACGGACUGGCUGCUGGAUAACAGCCUUAACGGUGAGCAGGCGCGGCAAUACGCGUGCAUUCGUCGCUCCGACACGACCUGUGGCUGGUACAGGGGAGGCCACGCCCCCGAGAAAGACUUCCUUGACAUGACUGACCCUUGA